UAAACAACAGUGUGCUUCGUAAAAAAACUUUGCUUCACAAAAUAUUUUUUCAACCAUUCAAACGUAAUUGAAGAUUAAACGCCAACUUCGCUUAUAAAGGGCAUUUAUUAAGAUAACUCUCCCUGCGUAUUUGUUACAAAGGUAAGCCGCAAAAAUGUCAUCUAUCUGAUUUUACACCCCCGUCAAAAAAUUUGCUUAAAAAAAAAUUUGAAAACAAAUUAUUAUAAUUUUUUUUGAUGAAGUGGGAUUGUCCAAGUCGUGCAUGUUUUCAUUACUCUCUCGAUAUAGUUAAAAGUCUAUAAAUUACGCGUUAUUAUUCCAAGUUUUUUUUAGGUUUAUUGAAUCUUUAUUACAACCGCAGAUUUUUAUAUUAAUUUAUUUACUGUCUGAUACAGUCGAAAUAUAGCUAUUGACUUCUAUAUAUUAUAUAUUAUCUACUCUGAUUCCUUCAUGUAAGCUAUAUUUUUUCAAAUGGACAUUGAUUCGUGGCCUGCUUCAAGUAAUUCUUUCGAUGCUUACGAUAACAAACCAAGCGAAGAGUUUAUUAAAUGUGUUGUUGUUGGUGACACUGCAGUUGGAAAAACGAGACUUAUUUGUUCUUACAUAUUUGAUCAGCCUCCAACGUCUAUUCAAUCACUUCAUUUGAAACCUCACAUACCAACUGUAUUUGCAAUUGAUCAAUAUGUAGGAAAUUCUGAUAUAAGGAAAAGAGGAAAAACUGUUAUUGAUGGGGUAAAUGUUGAGUUACGCAUUUGGGACACUUUUGGUGAUCAUGAAAAAGACAGAAAAUAUGCGUACGAAAAUGCGCAUGUUGUUGUUGUUUGUUUUAGUAUUGGAAUGCAAUCUUCAUUGAUAAAUGUUAAUGCAAAGUGGGUUCCUGAAAUUAAAAAGUACUGUCCAAGAGCUGCAAUUGUUUUAGUUGGAACACAACUUGAUAGAAGAUAUACUAACCCUGAAAUGUAUAAAAAUGCUUUACAGGUCACUACAUUAACAAAUAUAUUAAAUACAGGGGGUCGUUUUAAACUUCAUUCUGGAUUUUCUAUGUCAGACAUUAUUUAUGCUGAAACUGCAAGACAAAUUUCUAAAGAAAUUAAAGCAGCUUGUUACAUAGAAGUAAGUGUUGUUUCGAAACAUGGAGUCAAUGCCGUCUUUGAAAACUCUAUUCGAGCAGCAUUAAUCUUACGAAGAAAUUCUAAACUAAUUUUAAAAUCGCAUCUUAAAAAUAUUAAAACUCCACAUAUACAAGAACCUUACUUACCUCCAUGUCCUGAAGCACCUGAUAUAAAUAUCUUAGCUGAGGGUGAAAUGUUUGAUUUCAGUUGCCUUCAUUCUGUUAGCAGUUUUUGUGAUAUUGAAUUUAUUGUUGAAAAUGAACAUCUUCAUGCGCAUAGUGUUGUACUUAUUUCUGCAGAUGAAGUUUUCCAAUCCCUUCUAAUGCAUCCUUUUAUUCUUGACCUUUUAGGAUUUCCAAAAGGUAAAAAUAUUCAAAACUUUGAAAGCUUUUCUUUGGAGUAUGCACCAAUUAAUGGUGUUUUAUGUUAUGGUAUACCACGAGGAUUUUCCUCUAUCAGUGUAGUAACAGAUUUUAAUCUGAAAAGAAAAGUUACAGUAAAUGUUAGUCAAGUAACAGCUGUCAGUUUUCGAAAUAUUUUAGAAUUUGUAUACUGUGGAAGUAUUUCAAAUAUUAAAGAUUCAGCUCAACUUUUAACCAAUGCAACAUACCUUCAACUCAGUAUGUUGUGUAAUUAUCUUACCAGUAGUAUUGAAGAAAGUUCUCAAUUAAAAAACACAUUUUACCAAAUGCUGUUUAAAAAGCGAAAAAAAAUUCUUUUAAAUUUUGUUUUUAACAAAUCGUUGUAUUCUGAUAUUUCGUUCUCAAUGGAAGGUGCUCUUAUUCCAUCACAUAAACCACUCCUUGUUGUGCAGUGCAAUGUAAUGGCAGGAAUGUUUCGAAAAAAAACAUUUAAAGAAAGCAUUACUCAUGUUGUGGACUUUAGCAAUUGUGACAAAGAAUCUUUUAUGACAGUUCUUGAAUAUCUUUAUACUUGUGAUCUUUGCAAUCAUGGGGACUUACACAAUGUGUUACAGCUUGCUAAUUUUCUUUGUUUACCCCGUCUAAUUACAUUAUGUGAACUAGAACUCACAAAAAAAAUUACAGAAGUCAACAGUAAUCAGUGUGAUGAGGCUUGUGCUUUAGUUUUAGAUACUUUUAUUUUUGCAAAGUUUCAUAAUGCUGUUCAAUUAUCUGAUUGGUGUUUAUACUUUAUGGCUAGUAACUACAAUAAAAUGUGUCAGUAUCAAGGAAGAGAAAUGAAAGCUUUGGAUGAAACCACUAAAAACUAUUUAGAAAAAAAUCGUUGGCCUCCUGUUUGGUAUUUGAAAGAUCAAGAUUUAUAUGAGCGGUGUAUGCAAAAGAUUGAAAAAGAAAACACUUUUAAAAUAUCAAAAGAACGAAAGGAAUCUAGAUGCUUUUCAUUUUUUAAAAAUCUUUAAAUUUUAUUAUUGAUCAUGUGAAGUUUAUAAGUGGCGAUGAAUUACAAACCUGUUUCAUUUAAAUUAUAAUGGGUGCUGUCAUAAUUAUGUAUUCAUUUGUUGUACAGUUUACUCAUGUAUUUUUAACAACUGCGUAAUUGCUAACUUAGUUAAGUUAUUAAUCCUCAGUAAUGGAUACUAAUUAUUAAUUUUGCAAAUUAAUUAUAUUUAAAAUCAAAUUAUGUAUAUAUCUGGUGUCUAUCAUCGUUUGGUAAAUAACCAACUAAAAUCAUUAUGUAUAUAUUUGUGUAUGAAAUGUUGUGUAUAGAGUAAACGUCUAAUUAUUAUACAAAUAGAUGAAAUUUUAAAAAUUCAUAAUUCUACAAAAAGUUAAAACCAUUAGCUGACUUACUAGAAAUAGUUUGUAAAU